CACAUUUAUCCCUCUCUUUACACCACUCUUCACCUCACAUCUAAAAUGUUGUUUGAUUGUUGUCAAAAACAAAAAUUUGGAUUUCUCUGAAGGAUUGCAUAGAAUCGAAUUGGGAAGGCCAGUUGGUAUGGACACGCACUCUUCCCACCUAAUAGCACCAGUCCGGUCUCGGAGCUCACAGUCUCCGUCGCCGUCGCAUUCUGCGUCGGCCUCCGCGACGUCAUCUAUUCACAAGCGCAAGCUGGCGUCUGAAGACCACGCGCCUCCAUUUCCCUCCUCAUUCUCUGACACGCGUGACGGUGCCCUGACAUCGAACGAUGACCUGGAGAGCAUCAGCGCACGGGGUGCUGACUCAGACUCCGAAGACGAGUCCGAGGAGGUUGCCGAUGACGACGAGGAGUAUGACGAAUCCUCAAUGCGCACCUUCACGGCCUCAAGAUUGGAGAACAGUGGGGCACCACUAGUCAGGAAUACGAAACUCAAGACUGAUAAUUCUGUAAAAGUUGAGCCCAAUCAGGUGGUGAAAGACACAGUAAGUGGCGGUUCAGGGAAUUCCGUGGCCGCACCAGCUGGUGGAUCUGUUUCGGGAGUUGUGGUGAAGGAUGAAGCAAUGAGGAAUAUUUUUACUGAAAACUUACAGACUAGUGGAGCCUAUAUUGCAAGGGAAGAGAGUUUGAAGAGAGAGGAGGAAGCAGGAAGACUCAAGUUUGUAUGUGUUUCAAAUGAUGGUGUUGAUGACCACAUGAUUUGGUUGAUAGGAUUAAAGAACAUAUUUGCCAGACAAUUACCUAACAUGCCAAGGGAUUACAUUGUCCGUCUUGUAAUGGAUAGAACCCAUAAAUCUGUAAUGGUCAUUAGACGUAAUCAAGCUGUUGGUGGCACAACAUACCAAGUGGUUGGUGGGAUAACAUACCGCCCUUACUUAAGCCAGAAGUUUGGGGAGAUAGCUUUCUGCGCUAUUACUGCAGAUGAACAAGUUAAGGGCUAUGGCACAAGACUUAUGAACCACUUAAAACAGUUCGCACGUGAUGAUGAUGGGCUGACCCACUUUCUCACUUAUGCUGAUAAUAAUGCUGUUGGUUACUUUGUCAAACAGG